CGUUAAAUUACUUCCUUGUUAACGACUUGUGUAGAUCGAUCAACUAAAAUCAAGAUGGAGGUAUCCGGAAAGAGACGUGACCCUGACAUUGACAAGGGUUCUGCAGACGCAACUGUCUAUUGUCAGCCGUGUGAAGAGGACGGCAAACGAGCUGUAGCCCAUGGCUUCUGUCAGACCUGCGAGGAGUACAUGUGUGACCUAUGCAGCAAGGCCCAUAAGAGAUUCAAGGUGUCGAGGAACCACAUUAUGUUGUUUCAAGAUGAAAUGCCGGCCUUCUACCCGGCCACCAAGCAGUCAGACAUCGGCGAAACUGAAUACUGUAAAGACCACCCAAAGGAGAUGAUCAAGUUUUACUGCCCGACCCACGGUGACCUUGGCUGUGGUGACUGUGUCGUACUUGACCAUCGCAACUGUAAAGUCGAUUACAUCGCUAAUGUUGCUAAAGAUUUUGUCAUUGGAAAUGAACUAAGACAGCUAGAACAAUCGAUUAAACAAGCUGAAGUUAUUCUAUCUGGGUCCAUUAGGAAUGUCGGAGAGCUUUUGAACGAGGUCGAAAACCAGGCUAAGGAUGAGAUCGAUAGAUUGAGAAAGUUCCGGGCAGAAAUCAACACAUACCCUGACCGCCGCGAGAAGGAGUUGCUCGACAACCUCCAGAAAGUGAAGACCGAGGAUGAAAUCGUGCUGACUGACCUAAAGACUGAUUGUGAGUUGGCGAAAUCGAGACUUGAGGCCAUGAAAAUUAUUCUAUCUUACAGUGAUUUUUCGGUGAACCAGCGGUACGUGGCAUCAAGAAAACCCAAAAGGAGCUUGGGGAGAUCAAAUACGAGAUGAAUAAGAUUACCGAUCUGAUAAAGGCCCGGAAGUACCGGUUUGUUGAAGACCCGGACACGGAGCGUCUUCUUGGAUCGGACAUGGGUCUUGGAGGACUGGACGUUACAGGAGAAUUAGUUCCGGUUCUUGACCUUUCUACUGUCACAUGGAAGAAUAAGGGAGACAUCAACACCAGAUGGUCAGAGGACAAGAAGUCCUGCUGGAUCACAGGCUCCGCCCUGCUCUCGCCUGGUCUCUUCCUCCUGCCUGACAGGGCUAACCAUAGUGUCAAACUGGUGGACGUUACUACCCGCACCGUCACAUCCCACCUAAAACUGCCAUGCGCGCCCUGGGCCGUGUGUGCGCUCCCUGAUGACCAGGCCGCAGUCACUCUACCCUUUAAGUGCAUGAUUCAGCUGCUGUCUACACAAGGAGGACAGUUGUCGUGUGAAAAAGAAAUUAAAGUAUCAUCGGGGUGUUGUGGUAUUGCGUAUUACAACAAUAGAUUAUACGUUUCUUACAAAUCUAACCCGCGUAUUAUUGUGGUGACAUUGGAUGGACAAAUUGUAAAAACAUUUCAAAGAGAUGAUGGAAAACAACUUUUCAAAGCACCAUAUUCUCUGACUGUGUCAUCUUCAACACCACCGACUUUGUACGUGUCUGACCUCACAGCACACAAGGUUCUCCAGCUGUCCCUUGACGGGACGCUCCUGCGGAAGUACAGAGACGAUCAGCUCAUCAAUCCCCGGUCCAUAGUGGAGGUAGGGCCGGGUCAGCUACUCGUGUGUGGGCAGGGCAGCAACAACGUGAUGCUGCUGACAGAGAAGGACGGCAAGAUGGCAGAAAUACUGGGACAUAGGGAGGGACUGCCUAAUCCCUACACCCUUGCUUUCUGUUCUCACAUAAGAGCCAUAGUUGUCGGGAUGUAUAGUAAUGACUCGCAGAAGGUAUUUAAUGCUAACUGACAGCUUUUGUCGAGCCAGUUUGCUGUGAGUUUGACAUAGCUGAUACAAUGGCGGUUCCGUGUUUGUGCGUGAAUGCGUCAGGGCGUGCGUCCGGCCGGACUGGACAUAGUCCGGGCUGUAUCGGGACCAUUCAUUAUAGGAUUUAAGAUUUAUAACAAAUACUUGCCAUGAAGGUUAACCACGGUGAGGCGGUCCAUCGCGCAAAAGAUCCAGGUCUGUUCCUCAAAGGUCAAAUGUGUCCUCCUCCCGACCAAGGAGUCCCGAUUUCGAUCCGUGGUCGGGGCGCGUUCUUUUGACCUCUCACAUACAUAGGCACUCAGUACGGUGAUUUUGACCCAGGAAGCGGACUCGAUAGUGUACAAAAUAAUAUGUUAGCUUUCGACACAAUCAUAUAAAACACAUUGAUAUAAACUAAAGGUCAAGGUCACAGUUUGAAUUGGGUAUUGUUGAAUGAGUGUUGAUAUACUAGUACUAGUAUUGAUAAAGUGGGUACAUGACACAUUUAGAAGUGCAUCUGUAUUCUAAAAUUUAAAAAUACUCCGUCAUAAAUGAUAAUAAACAUAAUGAUUA